AUGGUGUUGAAAAAGAAGAAGAAACGCAACAUUUUGGAUAACAGCAAUGUGGGUGUGAGAGGGGAGGACAAGUUAAGUAAUUUACCUGAUGCACUUAUUCAUCACAUCCUUUCUUUCCUUCCAACCAAAUGUGCUAUGUCUACCUGCAUUUUAUCCAAAAGAUGGAAGCAUGUAUCCAACUCUAUCCAAAUUCUUGAUUUUCGUAAAUGGAGAACUCAAAAGGGUACGAUAGUAUUUUUUGGAAAAGAAGAAAAGCUGGAAACCUGGUGUUUCAUGAAUUUUGUGGACACGGUACUAUUUCUUCAUCAGAGGCGCGAUAUCCAGAAGUUCUAUCUUGAUUUAGAUGAACUUUUUGAUGAAUCUCGAGUUAAUAAAUGGAUCAGUACUAUUAUGAAUAGUAAAGUUGAAGAAUUUGGUCUAUCCAUAAAACUAUUAAGUUUUUAUUCAGAAUUUCGUCCAUCAAUUUUUUGUUCUGAUUCAUUUUCGAUUUGUCAUUCAUUGACACUAUUGGAUUUGAACUUCCAUAGGAUCACUGACGCCAACAAGUUCAAUAUUGCAAAUACAGUUUCUUUUCCAAAGCUCAAGAUACUUCGGCUCAAAUUGCUUAUUUUUGUGAAUGAAACCUUGACAAGAUUCAUUUCUAACUGCCCCAUCCUUGAAGAGUUGAGCUUGACUCAGUGUCGCAUAUCUGAAGGGUUAUGCAUUGUAAAGCCCGCACUGAAGCACUUGUCAGUUACUGAUUGUGGCCUAUCGAAGUCUACGGUGAAGAUUUCUGCUCCAAAUCUAUUGACCAUUAGUUUCAAAGAAUGCCCACCGGCAGACUUUGUCCUCGAUAGCUUUCCAUCACUAGUCGAGGCAGAUGUUGGUUUUUACAUGCAUAAGGGAGACAAAUACCAGAACAGAGUAUUUGUCAAGCUUUUUGAAAAGCUUUCAAGUGCAAAGCUCCUUAAAAUAUAUGCCAACUCAUUUAAGGUUUUAAGGGAGGUAGAUAUCCUCCUGACCGAUUUGAUCGCAUUUAACAAUUUGAUCCAUUUGGAAAUUGGUUUACCAUUGGAUUACAAGAGCUUUGGUACAGAUUCUAUUUCAACUAGUACUGAAAUCCCUUCCGUCCAAAAUGAUGAUUGGUCACUAGAUCCUAAUUGUUCGCCACCACACCUCAAGUCGAUCAAAUUCAAAAAAUUUGAUGGGGAACAAAAGGAGCUGAAUGCGGUAAGAUUUUUUCUGAAGUAUUUUGGUUUUCUUGAGACGGUAACCAUUGUUGCUUCUGAAAGUCUCUCCAAAGAUCACAAGAAACAACUAACAUUAGCGAAGCUGUUACUAAAGAUUCCAAGACCUGCAAAUUGUGUGGUUAAUUUCUUGUCGAUCUCCGAAGAUCCUUAA